AUGUCCGCAAAGAAGACGAGAAGACCGUCAUCGCCGCGACGUUUCUUCGCGCGGCUUUACGGUCAUUUGGAGGCGACGAAGAAAACGGAAGAUGACGAGGAUGAGGAUCACGCGAGGGAAAGUCUGGAUUCUUCGCCAGAGAUCACGGAGAAAACAUCACACGAGCUUCCCGAUUCACCUGAAUCACAUAAAAUAUUGCCUGUGUCACACUCCAAGGACCUCGAAAAAGUGCCAAAUGAUGUCGCAAAUAGUAAAAUAUUCGAGAGCAAGGAAACGAAGAAAGAUUCGAUGCUCGCAGGUGUGAGACUGCCUUUUCUGCACGGAUUCCUUCCGCGAGGACCCGGCCAGACUUUUCAUCUCACGCAGCUCGCGCACCCAUCCACGUUGCCGCCGCAUCUUCAUGUUUUGCCAAACCAUCAGUCCAUGGCCGAGCACCACUUUCAAGGAUUCUCAGCCUUCCUGGCGCGUAGAAGAAGAAAAGAGGGCCGACCACGAAGACAAAGGACAACAUUCAGCGGCGAACAGACGCUAAGGUUGGAAGUUGAGUAUCGGCGGGGAGAAUACAUUUCGAGGGGACGCAGAUUCGAACUCGCAACUUCCUUGAGACUUACCGAAACGCAAAUCAAAAUCUGGUUCCAGAACAGGCGCGCCAAGGACAAAAGAAUCGAAAAGGCGCAACUAGACCAGCAGUACCGAAACUUCGCGGUAUCGAACGGCCUGGUGAAUCUACCGCUUUACAAUGCGACAGGAUUCUGCGGCCUCUGCCUGUACAAAGAUACUUACGGAUCGGUGACCAAUCACUCCUGCAUCUCCAGCAAUCCCGUUGUCAUCGACUCGUCCUCGAAGGAUCAGCCACGUUAUAGCAGCAGUAGCAGCGAGACAUCUGAUAAUCCGCCGAAUCUCGUGUCCACGACUUAAUUAAAUCCAACGUGCGAUCGCUA